UACUUAUUUGAUCUUCUAGGAAUGUUUUAAAGGAAGCUGGGCUACUCACAAGUUACUACAUAAGAAAGCAAAGGAUGAAAAAGCGAAACGAGAAGUGUCUUCCUGGUCUAUGGAGGGUGAUAUUAACACUGAUCCAUGGGCAGGUUACCGAUAUACUGGUAAACUCAGACCACACUAUCCUCUGAUGCCAACAAGGCCAGUGCCAAGUUAUAUUCAGAGACCAGAUUAUGCCGAUCAUCCACUAGGUAUGUCUGAAUCUGAACAGGCUCUUAAAGGCACUUCUCAAAUUAAAUUGCUCUCAACUGAAGAUAUAGAAGGGAUGCGACUUGUGUGUAGGCUUGCUAGAGAAGUUUUGGACAUUGCUGCAGGGAUGAUCAAGCCAGGUGUUACUACUGAGGAAAUAGAUCACGCUGUGCACUUAGCCUGCAUUGCAAGAAAUUGCUAUCCUUCUCCCCUGAAUUAUUAUAACUUCCCAAAGUCUUGUUGUACCUCAGUGAAUGAAGUCAUCUGCCAUGGAAUUCCAGACAGACGGCCCUUGCAAGAAGGUGAUAUUGUUAAUGUGGACAUCACCUUGUAUCGCAAUGGUUACCACGGGGACCUGAAUGAGACCUUUUUUGUUGGUGAUGUGGAUGAGGGAGCACGGAAGCUUGUUCAGACCACGUAUGAGUGUCUAAUGCAAGCCAUCGAUGCAGUGAAACCUGGUGUUCGAUACAGAGAACUGGGAAACAUUAUUCAGAAACAUGCCCAAGCAAAUGGGUUUUCUGUUGUACGAAGCUACUGUGGGCAUGGGAUCCACAAACUCUUCCAUACAGCCCCCAAUGUCCCUCAUUAUGCCAAAAAUAAAGCAGUUGGAGUCAUGAAGUCGGGCCAUGUGUUUACAAUUGAGCCAAUGAUUUGCGAAGGUGGAUGGCAGGAUGAAACCUGGCCCGACGGUUGGACUGCAGUGACGAGAGACGGCAAGCGCUCUGCUCAGUUUGAGCACACGCUGCUGGUCACAGACACUGGCUGUGAGAUCCUGACCCGUCGCCCCGAUAGUGCGCGGCCUCACUUCAUGUCCCAGUUCUAGCUCCUCACAACAUGAGAUCCAACAGCUCUGUAAUACACUCUUACCGUACUGUGCAUUUUAUUGAAAGUACAGAAGGAAGAGGAAAUUUUUUUACAACUAGUUUUGUUUUGACAAUAGAUUAAAAAAAAAAAAGACUGCAGCAUUUGAUAUGUGUCCUCAAGAACUUGGCUUGAAUCGGAACAGGCUGAGAAGAAUAAAUAAAACCUUGCUCAGCUUC